AUGGCAUUAGAGCCAGGGGGUGAGAAGCCCGAUGAAUUUGAAUCUUCAAUCAGCCAGGCUUUGUUGGAGUUGGAGAUGAACUCAGACUUGAAGGCUUCGCUGUAUGAAUUACACAUUACUGGAGCCAAGGAGAUUGAUAUGCAGGGUAAGAAGGUCAUUGCCAUAUCGGUUCCAGUGCCCCAGCUGAAGGCGUAUGGGAAGAUUCAGACCCGAAUUGUGCGCGAACCUGAAAAGAAGUUUAAUGGCAAGCCGGUUGUCUUUAUAGCUCAGCGGAGAAUCUUGCCCAAGCCGAACAGAAAGAGCAAGAGAAAGAACAAACAGAAAAGACCAAGAAGCCGCACCUUGACUGCUGUUCACGACGAUGUUGUGGAAGACUUGUUCUUGCCAGCGGAGGUUGUUGGCAAGCGUAUCCGUGUGAAACUGGAUGGCUCCAAGGUCAUCAAGAUCCACCUUGACAAGAGUCAGCAGAACAAUGUUGAGCACAAGCUGGAUACUUUCACUUCUGUGUACAAGAAGCUAACAGGCAAGGAUGUGACAUCUGAGUUUCCAGAAUGGCUGUUGUAA